AAAAGCAACUAAAUAAUAAGGGGAAGAGAAGAGAGAAUUUGUAAAUGUCACUUUAAAUGUGGUAAGUUAGGUGCGGCCGAAAAAAUAAAGCAACUUAAAGCGUAAAACACUAUACCGCGAACAAGCAAAACUGUGCAAGUGUGCCAAAGACGAGAACUAGACUAUUGCAACUAGUUCUACCAGAAAGUCGUCGGGCAUAUUAUGGUAAAACUUCAUUUAUGCAAAGAAUUAUGACACUAUAUAUAUAUAUGGAACACUGCACAGUCCACAUAAAGAUCAUUCUUAUACAGCAUGCAAUAAAGCUAAAACGAUAUUAGAAGCCAAAAGUCCCAUUCUACCAACCUGCCACGGAAACGGUUCAUUUGAACCUAUUUGGUUAUUUGACUAUUUUCGACACUUCUUAAUCAUAAAGUCUGAAAACGGGUACUGUCUGGCUAUAAUAAGCUUAUUCAACCUACCCAGACGACACCAUUAUUUAUGGAAAUGAAUAUGUCAAAUGCCAGGUAUAUGUAUUUCAGUUAAUUUCAGUGUCGAAGUAUUGAACUGAAUAUUCCCUUAAUAUCUUAAUUACAUCUUAUAAGUGAGAUGAGAUAUGGUCUAUAUGAAUAUCCCAAUUAAAAGUCUGAGAUGCAAUGUGCAAUCUAUGGGUACGUUUACAAAAGACUCUCCCUAAUAACUCAUCAUAAAAUUUUUAUAACUUUUUAAAUCAAUAUAUUGACCAUAUAAAACUUUUCCCAUCAUAAUUUAUUCACGGCUAAACAUGCAAUCAAGUUUCCUCAGUGCAUUUUUUCCAUUAAUACCUUAACUUAAAACACGUUUUUAUAACCGGAAAAUAUCAUUGAACAACGUAAAUUACGAUUUGGUGUGGAGUGGAGCCAAAGUGCAAGGUAAAAACCGUGAACCGAAGACAGAUAACCGCAUUAUAGUAUAUUCUCGAGUGUGUAAAUAAACGCAAAAAAAAUGUCUACGAACCAAGAUUUGGCUGUUAAUUUACAAGCGGAGUUCGGGGUGUUAUCGAUCAAAAACCCCCAGUUUUGCACGUAUUUGAUUGUGACCUCGUUGCUUAUUUUGAAAAUGUGCGGGUUGACUUUGUUGACUAUUUUCCAUAGGCAGAAAAAUAAGACCUUUAUCAGCGAAGAAGACACGAAAAUGAGAGGAGGUACAGUCGAAUCCAAUCCGGACGUGGAAAGAGUCAGAAGGGCGUUUUUGAACGACUUAGAGAACAUCCCCGCCUUCCUAAUAAUAGGCCUGGCAUACCUUUUCGUUGGUGUUCCAAAUUGGGUGGUGCACAUGCUUUUUUACUUAUUCCUUAUCGCUAGAGUUUGUCAUUCAUUUGUUUAUGCUGUCUACGUCAUCCCCCAACCUGCCAGGGCCAUUUGUUUCGUUCUCGGUUUUGCUAUUAUUGGCUAUAUGAGUAUUCACGUGCUGAUUUAUGGCUUUUUUACUGGAUAUUUAGGGAAGUAGAUGUUAUAUUUUAUUUUGUAAUUAGUUUUGUACUUAAUGUGUUAUAUUAAUAUACUAGUCCGAUUAUGUUGUAUCACAGUAUUUGUAUGUAUCUCACUUAAUAGUUUUGUUAUUUGGUUUGAAACAUUAUAUUUAAUAAAUAAAA